UCACCGCCUGGCUACUUAAGAAGCUGCCAUUGCUCCAUUUCUUUACUCCGAACUGCUCUCUUUUGGGAAGUUUGUAAUUUGAAUUCGGCAACAACACACGAUGGCUGAAAAGAUGGAUAUGUCCUUGGACGACAUCAUCAAGCAGAACCGGCAACGUGGUGGCGGCGGAGGCCGUGGUGGGAGAGGCCGGGGUCGAGGAGGAUCUGGCGGAGGCCGCGGUGCUGGAGCAGGCCGACUCGGGGGAGGCGGUUUUGGGGGACGUGGAGGCGGCGGAUCGGGCCCAAUGCGGAGUCGUCAGAAUCUCACCCGGGGAAGAAGCAGCAGACCCACACCGUACAGCAGGCCAAAGCAGCUUCCAGACAAAUGGCAACACGACAUGUUUGACAAUGGCUUCAGCAGUGGAGGGGGUGGAGGUGGUGCUGGAGUAGAGACUGGUGGGAAGCUCUUGGUUUCCAACCUUGACUUUGGUGUUUCUGAUGCAGAUAUCCAGGAGUUGUUUGCAGAGUUUGGCACCCUAAAGAAAGCAGCAGUACAUUACGACCGGUCGGGACGGAGUUUGGGGACAGCAGAUGUACACUUUGAGAGGAAAGCGGAUGCAUUAAAAGCAAUGAAACAGUAUAACGGGGUCCCUCUUGAUGGUCGCUCAAUGAAUAUUCAACUAGUCACGUCGCAGAUUGACACCCAGAGAAGACCACCAGUCCAAAGUUUAAGCAGAGGUGGUGGUGGCAUGAACAGAAACAGAGUGGGAGGUGUCGCAGGUGGCUUUGGAGGCCCUAAUAGACGUGGUGGCUCCAGAGGCAGAGGAAGAGGAGGCAGAGGAAGGGGAGGCAGAAGUGAAAAACAGCCGCUGUCUGCAGAGGAGCUGGAUGCACAGCUGGACGCUUACAAUGCAAGGAUGGACACCACUUAACUUCAGUCUUUUUCACUUGGGAGGGACACAAGAUCGGUGCGGCCAAUCAGACAAGGAAUGGCGACUUUGUUCUACAUGUAGCUGUUUCUUGGAAUAGGUUUUAAAUUCAUGUCGUCCCCCCCCCCCCCCCCCCUUUUUGUUUUUGUCUAUGCAGUUGUGUGUUUUGUACUGAAUUUUUUUUUUUUUCUUUGGGGAGGGGUGGGGGGGGAGUUUUACUGGCUGCCUGCUACUGUGGGAAGUAUAUGUAGGGGGUAACUUGCUCCCAGUCAUUAUAAUAAACCUACAGUGUAUUAACCAAAGACAA